AAAAAAACCCAAAAAACCAAAAACCCCUAAAUCUUAAUUAAAACGCCGAGCGCGGCGAGCUCCAUGGUGCGAGAAGGUGGGAUGGCCCGGACCCCUUACAGCUCCACACAGGACAUCCAGAUGGACGUUUUUGACAACGCCACACUCCAGGGCAAAUACAGCAAACGGAAAAGCCGCUUCAAGCGCUCGGACGGGAGCACCUCCUCUGACACCACCUCCAACAGCUUCGUCAGGCAGGGCUCGGCUGAAUCCUACACCAGCCGCCCCUCGGACUCGGAUGUGUCCCUGGAGGAGGAUCGGGAAGCGCUGCGCAAGGAGGCGGAGAGGCAGGCGAUGGCCCAGCUGGAGAAAGCCAAGACCAAGCCCGUGGCCUUCGCUGUCAGGACCAACGUUGGCUACAACCCCUCUGCCAGUGACGAUGUCCCCGUGCAGGGCAUGGCCAUCUGCUUCGAGCCCAAAGACUUCCUGCACAUCAAGGAGAAGUACAACAAUGAGUGGUGGAUCGGGAGGCUGGUGAAGGAGGGCUGUGAGGUGGGCUUCAUCCCCAGCCCUGUCAAGCUGGAGAACAUGAGGCUGCUGCAGGAGCAGAAGAUGAGGCAGAACCGUCUGAGCUCGGGUAAAUCAGGGGACAACUCCAGCUCCAGCCUGGGUGAUGUGGUGACAGGGACCCGCCGGGCCACCCCCCCCGCCAGCGGUGCCCUGGACAUGCCUAGCUUUGCCUUUGACCCUGAUGAGUUAGAGGAGGAGGAGGAGGAGGCCCUGGAGACCCAACGCUCCCCUAAGAGUAGCGUGAGCAGUGUCACCACCCCCCCAGCCCACUCCAAGCGCAUCCCUUUCUUUAGGAAGGUAACAGCACCCCCCGGCCCCACGCUCGCCUGCUGCACCCUGCCUGCCCUAACACUGCCUGCGAGAGGGCUGGCGGGGGCACCCAUGGGUGCUGGGGGCCACGGGCUGCCCCAGCACCCUCCCCGUGCUGACAUGGUGUGGUGUGUCCCCAGCAUGGGCGUCAGCAGGGGACGGGGUGGAACCCAGGAGAUGGGGAGUGGGGGAAUCCCUGGCUGCCUCCCCUCCCACGGGCCAUGGGGUGGAUCAGUCCGUGGGUAAAUUCUUUCCUGGGAUGGUUCAGUCGAGGGAUAACUCCCCCCAUGGUCCAUGGGAUGGUUCAGUCCAUGACUGGCUGUCCUCCCCCCAUAGAACAUGGGAUGGUUCAGUCCACGGCUGUCUCACCCCCCCCAGGCCAUGGGAUGGUUCAGUCCAUGGAUAACUCCCCCCACCAUGGUCCAUGGGAUGGUUCAGUCCAUGACUGGCUGUCCUCCCCCCAUAGAACAUGGGAUGGUUCAGUCCACGGCUGUCUCACCCCCCACGGGCCAUGGGAUGGUUCAGUCCAUGGAUAACUCCCCCACCAUGGUCCAUGGAAUGGUUCAGCCUGUGGCUGUCUCCCCCCAUGGGUAUGGU